UCCUUCCCCACGCGAUGAAGCUUGGGCAGGUAUGGCCGACCUGACACGAGACCGUUGCCAAAGCUCGCGCCAUCAACACUGUUCUCGCGCACCGCUGUCAGUACUCGCGCAGCUUUCUUUUUGCGACGAGUCGUCGCCGUUGAAUAAACAUGCACAGCACCAGGCAGCUGGCAUACGCGCCUACGCCCUACAUUCCGCGCUCUGCCCUCAAUGCGACCAUCAAUCUCGAUGAGGAAGCCAAACUAUCCACGACCAGUGCUGAGCGCGACCUGAAUGAUUCGCUAGCAGAGAUCUACAGCAUAAUCAUGACCCUCGAUGGUCUCGAGAAAGCCUUCCUGAAAGACUCAAUCAACGAGAGCGACUAUACCGAGACAUGCAGUAGGCUCUUGAAGCAGUACAAGUCCAACCUGGCAGAUGAGACGAUCGCAAAGGCUUUUGGCGACUUGGACCAGUUCAAGAGAGAGUGGGAUCUUGACUGUCCACGAGCAACCGAGCGAUUGCGCGUAGGCGUACCCAUCACUGUCGAACAGGGCCCUUCGCGUACCACAGCACAGCAAGGUGACUUUGCCGACGCAACACUGGUCGUCAAUGCGACCGAAACCUUCAUCACCCUGCUCGAUGCCAUCAAGAUUGGCCUGGUAGAGAAGGACACACUACACCCACUGCUGGUCGAAAUCAUCCAGUCGGUCAAUCAAGUCACAGACAAGGAGUUCGAGAACAAGGGCAAGAUCGUCCAGUGGCUCAUCACCCUGAACCAAAUGCGGGCGUCUGAGAAGCUAGACGACGAGCAGGCACGACAAUUCCAAUUCGACAUGGACCAGGCAUAUUACGGCUUCAAGGCUACACUGAAGAAGGACUGAAUCUGGGUUCGCAGCCAGUCGACGCUGCAGUCGAGCGUGACUUCGUCCUCUCGUGCACACAAGUCUAGCCCCGCUAAACGCGCACGGACAUUUUGGAACUUCUUUUGGGUGUUCCUCUGCAGCAUCGAGCACCUACAUAACGAUUCCAAAUUAUGGAGGUGCUGGACGGUAAGCUGUGCGUAUCUCCAGGAAGCAAAGCGAACUG